CAUGCCCAGACUGAGCUCCUCACCCUCUCUCCGUCUGCAAUCAUGAUCUUCCUUCCAGAUUCCCACUCCGGAGGAAGUAUAGGGUCUAAGUUGCUAAAUUGUCCAGACUGGGCUCAAACUUGGAAUGCUCCUGUCUCGGUUUCCCAGAGAGCUGUGAUUACAGGGGUUACCCUUCCAUUCUAAGGCUGUUCUAGGAUCUGACUACCUCACACCCCUGUCUGCCAAUCUGCCGGUGGCCCUCACUGCCAUUCUCCAGGCUUGCAAAAGAAAAACUGAAGGUGGGGAGAAGGCUGAGGCAGGAGGACUGCAAGUUCAAUUGAGGAGCCUCUCAAUCCUGGAGUUAAUUCUGUGCCAGCCACACCUAGUCUGACCACCUCAAAGGGUUGUGAGGCUUGAGUGAACAAAUUGUGUGUGUGUGUGUGUGUGUGUGUGUGUGUGUGUGUUUCUUUUUGUUCUCAGUAGACUCAAUUCAAUUCUCUUCAGCCCUCUGCCAGUUUGGAAGCAGUCGCUAGUCUCACGCACUUGUUUUCUUUAAAUGUCUGCAAUUGCGCCCCCAAAGGUUGGCCUGCCUUAUGGUUAGAGUCCAUAGUGGGCUCGGUGCAUCCUCCAACAUCACCCCGGCAACAGGGAGGUCCAGCCCUUCCCACAAUGCUGCGGAUUCUCGCCAUAGAGGACGCUGCCCUCGCCAGUCGCGAGACUUCACGAGAACGCUGUAUCGCCCGUUGCAGCCCAGACUCGGACCGCCACGCCUUUUACUGCCUCAGAACGGCCUCCUCCUACCCUUUUCCCCGCCUUCCACUCGCGCUCCGCUCUCGGAUUGGCUGUUCGAGACGGCCGCCAUGACCACUAUCCAAGCCACAGAGGAUCCCCUCCUCCGAGGUGUAUCCCCUACCCCCAGCAAGAUCCCAGUACGCUGUAAGAGACGCCCGCCUUUCCCCACAGUUAAAUCGAGCACCCAGGACCAGGAAAACCAAGAUCCAAGGAGUUUGGUGCAGAAGCCUCCGAUCAGUAUUCAGCACACCCUUGUUGACUCAGAAGGCACCAGGUCCAAAGGCAUGCAACGAACAGAGAAAUCACAAAAGUGGACGGCAACCACUCAGCUCCGGAACCCCCUAGAGGAGCUCAGGCCUAGCCCUGUGGCACAAAAUGUGGGGCUUCGGCCCCCGCCCCCAACAGUAGCUCCAGGGGCCAUAGAGUUUGUGGCUGACCCUGCAGCCCUGGCCACCAUCCUGUCAGGUGAAGGGGUGAAGAGCUAUCCAAUGGGGCGCCAGUCCAGCCUGGCUCAGAGAGUACUGGUUCGAGGGAGCCAGGGAGGUACCAUCCGGAGGGGCCAGGGUACUCAGGCCUCUGUGUAUGUGGCCCCCAGAACCCCCAUCCACCAACCAGGCCCUGCCAGGGCUUCCUGCUUCUCAAGGCUGGAGGGAUCGGGACCCCGAGGUCGGACUUUAUGCCCCCAGAGGCUCCAGGCACUGGUUCCACCUUCAAGAUCUUCCUUUCACCCCUCCACCCGCCCUAGUUUACAGGACCUCAGAAGAGAGACAGGUGGCAGCAACCGGACAUCAGUGAGCCAGGCCUCAGGAUUGCGCCUGGAAACCCCUGUGCAGCCUGCUUCUCUGCUUGAAGAACAUGAAAGCGUCCCUCACUCAGGUGAAGGAGGAGGGGCCCUCCUAGGUCUGGCCCAGCGAGUACCUUUAAGAGAAACCAAAGAGAGAUUACCCACUGGGGAUGGCUGGGACUCCCACCUGAUGCCCUCCCCUGCCCCUGUGGCCCAGCCCAUGCCUGGCCGUGUGGUCACGCCUUCUGCCACUCACCCAUCACCCUUUGGACGGGCUCAGCGUGUACCAUCCCCUGGCCUCCCUGCUCUGACUUCAUAUUCACUGUUGCGGCGUCUCACCAUUCGACCCAAAACUCAGUUUACUCCAUCCACCCCCAGAGUUAAGCAGACCAGAUGGUUGAGUGGCCUUACUCCUCAGUCCUGCCCUGAAGAGUCUGCUGUGCCUUGGGAGAAGAUUGCAGUACGGUUGUUUGACCAGGACAGUGGUGUAAAGUUGCAGGAGCAGCCUGGGAAACCAGCUGUGGCAAGUCCUGGAUCUCACUCCUAUGGAACCCUCAACUUUCAGGAGCUAAAAAUGCAGCGCAUCAAUAUCCUGCAGCAGUUACUGCGCCAGGAGGUAGAAGGGCUCGCAGCGGGCAAGUAUGCCCCACCUAAUGGAGGCUCCUCUCUGGAUAUGGUUGAACUUAAACCCCUGCUGGCUGAAAUUUCUAGAACUCUGAAUGUCCCAGACCAUAAUUCUGGGACUUCCCACCUUCCUGGACUGUCACAACACUCUAAGCUGCCAGAGCCCUGCCCUUUGGAGGAGCGUGGGGAUGCACAGCCCUGUUCUGGUGCAGAGCCAGAGGUGACACAACUCUGCCCACCAACAGAGCCAGGGCCUCCAGAGUUCUGCCCUAAGGCCAGACCAGAGACACCAGUGCCCUCCUCCCAGGAGCAGCCUGAGGUAGCAGAGCCCUGCCCAUCAGUAGAGCCUGGACUCCUUCAGCCUAGGCCUCAGAGACAGGCUGUGUCUGAAGAGGCCUGUCCAAGAGUAGGGUUGAGGGCAUCAGAGGCCCACUCCCUGGAACCUAAAAGCCUAGAGUCCAGUCCAUGGCGCUGCUGCAGUCAGGGGGCUCCAGCAACCACCAGCCUGACCUUCUGUUCCCAACGCCCCCUUUGUGCCAGCCCCCGCAUCUGCUCACUGCAGUCUCCAAGGCCCCCAACAGGCCAGGCAGGUCGCAGCAGUCUGGCCCCUGGAACGCUGGCCCUGAGGCAGCGCCUCAAAGCAUGUCUCAGUGCUAUCCACUGCUCCCAUGAGGCUCGUCUGGACGACGAAUGUGCCUUUUACACCAGCCGAGUCCCUCCCCCAGGGCCCACCCGUAUCUGCACCAACCCUGUGGCCACAGUGCUCGAAUGGCAAGAUGCCCUGUGUUUCAUUCCAGUUGGUUCUGCGGCCCCUCAGAGCUCUCCACACUGAGGCUUCCACCUCCACCCUCCCCACCUUACCCCUUCCCUUUAUCCCUUAUUUAUGGUUGGUCUGCCCGUGGGACUGGGAGCCAACACUCUUUUAUCUUUCAAUAAAGUUUACAAU